AGGUCGGUGGGUGGAGCGGGCAGCUCGGGGACCAGAAGUGCCCCCCUGAUGCCGACCUGCUUGUUCUCACCAGGUGCACGCCUGCUCCCCUGGGGGCGCGGGGCCUGCCAUGGCCCCCAGCCACCUGUCGGUGCGGGAGAUGAGGGAAGAUGAGAAGCCCCUGGUGCUGGAGAUGCUGAAGGCUGGCGUGAAGGACACAGAGAACCGAGUAGCCCUCCACGCCCUGACGCGGCCGCCCACCCUGCUCCUCUUGGCGGCAGCCAGCAGCGGCCUGCGCUUUGUCCUGGCUUCCUUUGCGCUGGCCCUCCUCCUGCCUGUGUUCCUGGCCGUGUUGGCCAUGAAGCUGGGCCUGCGGGCCCGGUGGGGCUCACUGCCUCCGCCGGGCGGCCUGGGGGGGCCCUGGGUGGCAGUGCGCAGCUCAGGGGACGUGUGCGGGGUCCUGGCCCUGGCUCUGGGCUCCAACACUGGGGAUGGGGCCCGGGUCACCCGCCUGUCUGUCUCCCGCUGGCACCGUCGCCAAGGCGUGGGCAGGCGGCUGCUGGCCUUUGCGGAGUCCCGGACUCGCACCUGGGCAGGGGGCAUAGGGGAGCCCCGAGCCCGCCUCGUGGUCCCAGUGGCUGUGGCAGCUUGGGGCCUGGCAGGGAUGCUGGAAGGCUGUGGCUACCAGGCCGAGGGGAGCUGGGGCUGCAUGGGCUACACGCUGGUGAGGGAGUUCAGCAAGGACCUGUGACUCCAACCUGAGCACCUACUGUGUACGUGAUCACCUACUGUGUAUAGGCACAUUCACAUCCUCCCUGUGCAAUUCCCCAGCUCACUUAAGGCCCAGGAACUGAGGCCUGCAGAGGGCAAGAGGCCCCAUGCAGUUUGAGGUCUGUGUGGAGUGUGUGAACUCAGAAGUGGGCCUGUCCAGCCUCCUGCCUCAGUCUGUCUGCACUGAGAAACCUCUUCUGCCUGCCUCUCUCUCUGCCGGCCUGGGUGAGAUGCGGGCUGGAGGAGAAGAGGCUGAGCAAGUUUGACCCCCAAGGAUUAGGACUUGGGGCAGGAGCACCCCAAAUAGGGAUGAGGCCCCUGUGAAUGGGGUGGGGUUUGAUGCCUGUGCUUGAAGGGGAUGAGCCGAGCCUCGGCAGGGGAGCUUUGUCUCCUACAGAGCCCAGGCGUGGAGGUGGGGGGAGCACGGGGUUGCCCAGCACCCGCCCCAGGAAGGUGGGAGCUGAGAGGGGCGGCCAGACCCGUCUGGUUUUUACACCCGAUUGUUAAUAAAAGCCUGGAACUGCUCUGCGCCCGGCUCCCUCUCUGA